AUGCCUGCUCAGAAGAAAAUGCUUUGUCUCUAUUUUGCCGUCCUCAUUUGCAAUAGCUUUAUUUAUCUUGAAUUCGCAAAAGAAGCGAAAAACUUACCAGAAGAUCCCGGAUUUCAAACUGUGGAAAGCGUUUGUUCUGAUUGCCACUGGAUUUGGAUCUUCACGGCUUUUGCUGGAUCUGGUGUUGAUAUAUGCAUCUUCUCCAUGAUAACACUGCUGUUUAGAGUGAGCGAAAAAACGGCUACACCUACGACUGUAGUACUUAUGGUUGAUCCACUCCUCGAUGCUGCUCAGAAGAAAAUGCUUUUCGUCUCUAUUUGGUCCUCAUUUGCAAUAGCUUUAUUUAUCUUGAAUUCGCAAAAGAAGCGAAAAACUUACCAGAAGAUCCCGGAUUUCAAACUGUGGAAAGCAUGGAAUGCUGGGAUCUUCACGGCUUUUGCUGGAUCUGGUGUUGAUAUAUGCAUCUUCUCCAUGAUAACACUGCUGUUUAGAGUGAGCGAAAAAACGGCUACACCUACGACUGUAGUACUUAUGGGAAUGAACUCAGUGGUAGGCGGAUACUAUCGCCUUGUAUGGGAGGGCGACGUACCGAAUCUUGCCCUAGACUACCUCAAAGUCUCCAUCCCCGUCGGAGUCACUCUCGCUCCAUUCGGCAGCUUCCUCGGAUCGCAUUUUCAUAGACAGGUUCUCGCAUGUUUCAUAUACGUUCUAGAAGCUCUCUCCGUAAUUGGUUUCCUGCUUACUCGACCUGAAAUGACUUUGAUUUAUAUCGGUAUGGGAAUAAUCUUCGCUGGAUUCGUUUUCUUUUCUGUGAUCAGUAAAGCAGGAGAAUGGCUUAUGGAGCGCAACGAGAAAGGAUCAACACCAAGUUCUAUAGCGAAGGAUAUAAGCAAAAUGGCGACUGCUUAG